UGUGACGCGUAGUGGAGGCGGGGCCACAGAGGCCGACGCCGCCAUUACAGUUUCUGACGCUCGGUGCGCACUGAAGGAGACAACCGGUGAGUGCGAGUCAUCCAGAAGCUCUCCCCGUGUGUCAGGAGGACUGAGCAGGACCCAGAGCCCCAUCACGGUGCCUCCACCUCACUCACUGAUACAUGAGAGACACAAUGACCAGAAGAUCCUGGAACUCUCCAACAAGAUCAUUCAGCUGCUGACUGGAGAGGAGGAGGAGUAUAUAGAGGAACACAGGGGUCUGUACAAGGACGUGAUGAUGGAGAAUCACCGGCCCCCGACAUCACUGGAUGGGCCCAGUAACAGAGAUACCCCAGAGAGAUGUCCCCAUCCUCUGUAUUCCCAGGAUUGUACAGAGGGGAAUCACAGGAUCCCACAGGAGGGUCAGGGUGAAGAUCUGACUGUUAUUAAGGUAGAAGAUAUAGAGGGAGAAGAAGAGACGUAUGUGACUGAUAUGAAGGCAGAAGAUAUAGAGGGAGAAGAAGAGACGUAUGUGACUGAUAUGAAGGUAGAAGAAACAGAGGGAGAAGAAGAGACGUGUGUGACUGAUAUGAAGGCAGAAGAUAUAGAGGGAGAAGAAGAGACGUAUGUGACUGAUAUAAAGGCAGAAGAUAUAGAGGGAGAAGAAGAGACGUAUGUGACUGAUAUGAAGGCAGAAGAUAUCGAGGGAGAAGAAGAGACGUACGUAAGGGGUGAUCAGCAGUGUAAGGAGGAGGAAAUCCCUACAGAUAUCAGCACAGAUGGAUGCACAAGCAAGAACUCCCCUAAGCACUAUCUAUUAUUGCCUCCAGAUUCUAAAAUACAAGAAAACAUCACUCAAGAUUCUCCAAGAGAAAACCCCUUUACCCCAAAUGUGCAUCCAGAUAUAUCAUCUAAUCCCUCUGACCAUGAGGAAUGUUCCCCUGGUAGAUCACAUAAUAUUGCACCUAGUACAGCUCAUAGAGGUGAUAUAUUUUCCUGUUCUGAGUGUGGCAAAUGUUUCCCAUCAAAAUCACGUCUUAAUAGACAUCACAGAAAUCACACAGAUGGAUGCACAAGCAAGAACUCCCCUAAGCACUGUCUAUUAUUGCCUCCAGAUUCUAAAAUACAAGAAAACAUCACUCAAGAUUCUCCAAGAGAAAACCCCUUUACCCCAAAUGUGCAUCCAGAUAUAUCAUCUAAUCCCUCUGACCAUGAGGAAUGUUCCCCUGAUAGUUCACAUAAUAUUGCACCUAGUACAGCUCAUAGAGGUGAUAUAUUUUCCUGUUCUGAGUGUGGGAAAUGUUUCCCAUCAAAAUUACGUCUUAAUAGACAUCAUAGAAGUCACACAGGUGAGAGGCCAUUUCCAUGUUCUGAGUGUGGGAAAUGUUUUACACUAAAAUCAAUUCUUGUUUCUCAUCAGAGAAUUCACACAGGUCAGCGGACAUUUGCAUGUUCUGAAUGUGGAAAAUGUUUUAAAUGCAAAUCAGCUGCUGUUACACAUCAGAGUAGUCACACAGGUGAGAAGCCAUUUCCAUGCUCUGAAUGUGGGAAAUGUUUUACACGUAAAUCAGCACGUGUUAGACAUGAGAGACAUCACACAGGUGAGAGUUCCUUUCCAUGCUCUGAGUGUGGGAAAUGUUUUACACGUAAAUCAUGUCUUGUUAGACAUCAGAGAACUCACACAGGUGAGAAACCAUUUCCAUGUUCCGAAUGUGGGAAAUGUUUUAUACAAAACUCAUAUCUUGUUGAACAUCAGAGAAGUCACACAGGUGAGAGACCAUUUCCAUGUUCUGAGUGUAAGAAAUGUUUUACUUCUAAAUCAACUCUUGUUAGACAUCAGAGAAGUCACACAGGUGAGAGGCCAUUUCCAUGCUCUGAGUGUGGGAAAUGUUUUACAUGGAAAUCAAGUCUUGUUAAACAUCGGGGAAGUCACACAGAUGAGAGACCAUUUUCAUGCUCUGAAUGUGGGAAAUGUUUUACAUAUAAAUCAGCUCUUAUUAUACAUCAGAGAACUCACACAGAUGAGAAGCCAUUUCCAUGAUCUUAGCGGGAAAUAAAAUCUUGUUGCACAUCAUAAAAUAAAUAAAAUAUCCCUGAUGGAUAUGAAUCAAGUUUGCAGCAAUACAAGUUUUGCAUAUUACACAUACUUUGUAAAUACACACAGUAGACAUCAAUAUAAAAAGUGUGUGCUUAAAGGUAUAACAACACUAAGUAAUUGGCAAGUUAUAGCUUCAGACAAACCGUAUAUUAACAUAUUAAUUUGUUCUUUCACAACGUUAAAAGCCGUGAUCAAUCGAAGUCUGGUGACUUGUGAUUUCCUUAUCUGAUCAGUGUCACUCUCUACAGUAAUAACACAAUCACUUUGUUAUGUAAGGUCUUAAAUCAUAUAUAAUCCUGGCAAUUUGCAAGAGUUAUUUGGGUUCCUGGCCACUCUUAUAUUAUCUGUGUCAAUACUCUGUAAUGGAAGGUAUGCAAUUUGUCAUUGUUAUGGAGAUCACUAAGGAAUAAAGCCUGUAGAAUGUAAGCUUGCGAGCAGGGCCCUCCUACCUCUUUAUCUGUUAUUACUCUUGUUCAUAUUUUGUUACCAAUUGUAUAACAUAACUGAAUUAGGAAUAUGUUCACGCUGUAUAGAUAAAUGUUGCAAAAUUAAAAUUCUGCAUUCAAAAGCUA